AUGGCGCCGUUCUCAAAGCCAGAGACGGUCCUCAAGCAAGCCGAGGGCCUCGUCUCUGUCGGCCAGACCCAUGCAGCCCUCCAAUCCCUCACCGAAAUGUUCUCCUCGAAACGCUUCCGCUCCACUCCUCUCGUCUCCCUAGAACCCAUCAUGCUCCGCUUCAUUGAGCUCUGCGUUGAGCUUCGCAAGGGUCGUACCGCCAAGGAAGGUCUCAUGCAGUACAAGAACAUCGCUCAGAACUCGAGUGUGGCGUCAAUCGAGGUCGUUGUCAACCGCUUCAUUCAACUUGCCGAUGCGAAGGUCCAAGAUGCCCAGGAAAAGGCCGACAAGGCCAUCGCUCUCGAUGUGGAUGAUCUGGAGGCGAGCGAGACUCCGGAGAGCAUCCUCCUCGGUGCGGUCAGUGGCGAUCAGACGAAGGACCGAACGGACCGUGCACUCGUUACCCCCUGGCUCAAGUUCCUUUGGGAGAGCUACCGCACCGCUCUGGAGACCCUCAAGAACAACGCGCGGCUUGAAAGCAUUUACCAGCAAAUCGCCCAACAAGCCUUCAAGUUCUGCUUGAAACACCAGCGCAAGGUCGAGUUCCGCCGUCUUUGCGAGACUCUCCGUCUCCACCUUGGCAAUGUCGCCAAGUACGCUCACCAGCCCCACGCCAUCAACCUCUCCGACCCCGACACCCUUCAGCACCACCUCGACACUCGCUUCGCUCAGCUCAACACCUCGGUGGAACUCGAGCUAUGGCAAGAAGCUUUCCGCUCCGUCGAGGACGUUCACAACCUCCUCACUAUGGCCAAGAAGGCACCACGCCCGACGAUGAUGGCCAACUACUACGAGAAACUCACGAAGAUCUUCCUCAUGAGUGGCAACGCACUCUACCACGCUGCUGCCUGGGGGCGCUACUAUGCCAUGGUCUCUGCCAUCGGUGGGAAGUCAGAUGAGGAGAUGAGCCGGUUGGCCGGCCAGGUUCUCGUCAGCGCGCUCGCCGUCCCCGUCGGGCUCGGUGGUGCAGAAGGUGUUGAGGAGACGAAGGGCAAGAACGGUCGACUGAGCGCCCUUCUCGGUCUCAGCAAAACCCCCACUCGUACCGGUCUUCUGCGUGAGGCGUUGUCCCGCAACGUGCUCAGGCUCUCUCCCGCCUCCGUCAAGUCGUUGUACAACGUCCUGGAAGUUACAUUCGACCCCCUGACCUUGUGCGCUUCCGUCGCUCCUCUCCUCCAAAACCUUGCGGAAGACACUCUGUACUCUUCCUAUAUCCCGCUCCUUCAACAUGCCCUCCUCUCUCGUCUCCUUUCGCAACUUUCACAGGUCUACAGCACUGUGAAAAUUGACAAGCUUCUUGAGUUCGCUGCUCCUCUUCGGGACAUCAAGGUCGAGGGUGGUAGCUCCUACGACGACGAGCAAAUUGAGGCCUACAUCAUGGGUUGCGCUCGUCGCGGCGAGCUGAAUGUUCGUGUAGACCACGCCGCCGGCAGCAUCACCUUCGCAGACAGCGCCUUCGCCGUUGUAGAAGAUCCUAAUUCGUCGACCUCCAUGGCGAACUCGGGCGCCGUUCAGCCUUCGACUUCGGAGUUCGUGCGCACCCGCCUCAGCAGUGUUGCCCUCACACUUCACAAUUCGCUGGCGACUAUCUACCCCCCGACCGCGCUUAGCGAACAGGAACAGCAGACCAAGUUCGCCGCGCUCGUCGCCGCCGCCCAAACCGAGCGCAAAGCCCUUCAGAUCCGGCGUGCGAUUGUUGCUCGUCGCCGCGAGCUACUCUCUGAGCUCUCCGUCCGCAAGGAGAAGGAGGAGGCUAGCCGUCGCGCUGAGUUUGCUCGCAGGCAGCAGGAGGAGGAGGCCCGCAAGGCCGUUUUGGAGCUGCGCAACAAGGAGGCUGAACGUGUACGCAAGGAGAUGGAACGCGUCCGGAUCGAAGAGGCGAAGAAGCUCGCGCAAAGCAUGAAGGAGAAGGGAACUCUGAAGGUGGACAUCGAGGAUAUGGAGAACCUCAACUCGGACAAUCUUAUGCGUCUUCAAGUCGAGCAGCUCGAAAAGGAGAAGAAGGAGCUCAACGAGCGCAUGCGUAUCCUCUCCAAGCGCCUCGACCACGUCGAGCGUGCAUACCGCAAGGAGGAGCGCCCGCUUCUCGCCAAGGACUACGAGGUGCAGCAGGCCAAUGACCGCGCGGCCUUCGAUGAAACACGGAAGAGUCACUUGGAAGCUCACCGUCAAGCGCAUCUCCACGACAUGGAGACCAAGAAGCGGCUCUCGCGCAUGGUCAUCGACGUUCAGCAGAUCAAGGAGACCAUCACCGCUCGUCGUGGUGAGGAGUACACCAAGACACAGGCGAUUGCGCAGAAGAAGAUGGAGGACGAGAUAGCCAAGCGUCGUGCUUCGAUUCUCCAGGGUCGCGAAGAGGAGCGUCUACGGAGGGAGGAAGAGGCGCACCGGCGGCGCGAGCAGGAGGAGGAAGAGGAGCGUAUCGAAGCAGUGCGCAUUGCGGAGGAGGAGCGCAAGGCCGAGGAAGAGGCCGCUGCCGCUGCUGCCAUCGAAGCCAAGAAGCGCGAGGAAGAGGAGCUCGCCGCCGCCAGGCGGAAGAAGCGAGAUGAGGAACGUCAGAAGGCACACGAAGACGCUGUUCGCCAGCAGCAGCGCGAAGAGGAGGCACUGCGGAGGCGAGCAGAACGCAAGGCUCAGGAAGCUGCUGCCGCCGCCCCACAAGCUGCUGCUGCUGCCGUCCCACAAGCUCGCCCUUCACCUUUCGGAUCGCGGGGCGGAGACGAUGGCUGGCGCCGCGCUCCCCCUGCCGCUACCCCACCCCGGACAGAAAGCCCAGCACCCGGAACACCUGGCAAGUACCGUCCUGGUGCGUUCGCAGGUGCGACCGCCAACGCUCCGACGAGUGGUGGUGGAUGGCGGGCGCGUUUGGCGGCCAAGGACGGCGGUAGUCCUGGAGACGCGUCUCCCGCUCGCCCUGCGUCUCCCGCCGUCCCCCCUCCUCCACCUGCGCAGGACCAGCCCAAGGACACAGAGGGCUUUCAGACCGUCGAAAAGAAGGGAGUGUGGCGGGGCUCCCGCCUCCAGGCUCGUCGGGGUGCUUAA